AUGUAUCAGCAACAGCAGCCUAUGUACCAGCAGCAACCAAUGUACCAACAGGGACCUCCACAACCAAUGUACUACCAACAACAGCAACCAAUGUACCAGCAACCACAGCAGCCUGUCUACGUACAACAGCAGCCCCAAAGACAGGAAGACGACUGCUGCGGUACCUGUUGUAAGAUGCUGAUGUGCUGCUGUUUGUUCGAGCUAUGCUGUUCGAUGAUGAACUAA